GGUCUAGCUAGAGUUGCUGACAACAUGGAAAUGAGACAUUUGGUAGAUGACGAGUCGUCAGUUGAGGCGUCCUGUGAACAAUUCGAGACGCAUCGAGGCGUGUGUCAGAUGAACGAUUUUAGUGCAGCAAAUAGUCGAGUUAAUCUCAAGAAGCAAUUAUCUCUUGUGUAUGCAGUGGCUGUAGUUGCUGGCACUAUGAUCGGGUCGGGUAUAUUCUUCACUCCACACAGAGUGUUGGAGCAUUCAGGCUCAGCAGGUGCCUCUCUGUUGGUGUGGAUUCUAGCAGGCAUUAUCAGUCUUGCUGGUGGUUUGUGUUUUUGUGAACUGGGGAGCAGCAUUCCACAAUCAGGAGGAGAGUAUGUGUAUCUCACUCGAGCAUAUGGCCAACUGGUUGGUUUCUUGUAUGUGUGGAGUGCCUGCCUUAUUCUUCGGCCAGUGUCUCUUGCGAUCAUCACACUGACUUUUUCUAAAUACAUUAUACAGCCGUUUUAUGCUAUUGACUGUUCUCCUCCCAGGCUAGCUGUGACGUGUAUUGGCAUAGCAACAAAUAUUGUUAUUGGAGCUGUGAACGUAGUGAGUGUCAAGGCAACUCUACGACUUAUAAAUGCACUGCUGAUUGGUAAGAUUAUAUCUCUUGCUGGCAUUGUUCUUAUGGGACUUUACUGGGCUGUAAAAUAUCAACCGGAGACAUUGAGUAAAGGAUUUGAGAGCACUACAACAAAUGUGAGUGGAAUUGGACUCGCUUUUUAUUCAGCACUUUGGGCAUACACUGGAUGGACAGACUUGAAUUAUAUUGCAGAAGAAGUCAAGAAUCCACAAAAGAACAUUUCACGUGCCAUUAUAAUUGCUGUCAUUUUGGUUAUCGUUUGCUACUUGGCUGUCAACUUAGCCUAUCUGUCAAUCCUUGAAAAGUGGGAAUUUACUGAUGCUGUUGCUAUUGUGGCUAGUAAGAAAAUAUUGGGAAAUGCUGGCGUUGUCAUUACUGUAUUGUGUGUUGCCAUUUCUACUUUUGGUGCUGCUUGUGGCUCAUGUAUAACUGCUACUCGAGUCUGGUUUGCUGGCGGAAGAAUGGGACAUUUUCCAAAAUCAUUUGCUUUGCUACAUAUUGAAUAUUUCACACCAGUCAUAUCUAUUAUUGCUCAUGUAAGACUUCAUGCUGUAGCUUUGACUUGUGUGUAUCUUGCCAUUGGCACAUUGGAGUCACUCGUUGAUUCCUUGUCUUACGUUAUGUGGAUCGUAUACAUUUGUGUGUUCAUAUCAGUCUACAUCCUUCGACGUAAGGAACCAAACUUGGAAAGACCAUACAAGGUGUGGGUGUGGUUACCAGCCUGUAUGGUGUUAGUCGGCAUCUACCUUGUGGUUGUUCCUCUCAUUCAAAAUCCAUACUACUUUCUCAUUCUGCUUUUUUAUGUUCCCGGUGUUAUUAUCUAUUAUUUAUUUGUAAAAGGGAAGAGUUACUGUUCAAAGCUUAGACGACUUAAUGGUGAGUUUUGCAUUACAGGACACGUUUUUCACACUGUGGCAAAGUAUACAAACAGGGUGUGUAGUAGGUUCAAUGUACGUACUGUUAAUGUGCGCUCGGUUUGCCGUGCUGUACGUAGUACUAGAGGUGUACGUGUACAUGUGAUAAUGAAGGACGUACACGAAGAUGGUAAACAGAGUUUACCCAAGGAAAUUUCUCUUUUGUCUGCUAUCACAAUGAUUGCUGGCAUGAUAAUUGGAUCAGGAAUAUUUUUCACUCCCUUUGAAACGUUGAGCAACUCUGGUUCUGUUGGUGCAGCAUUUAUCGUGUGGACAGCAGCAGGCUUUCUAGCAGUGGGUGGUGGCUUAUGUUACUGUGAGUUAGGCAGCAGCUUGCCUCAUUGUGGUGGAGAGUUGGUGUAUUUCAAUCGCGCCUAUGGCCAGCUUGCUGGGUUUCUGUAUGUUUGGAUGGCAGCACUAUUUUCUCGUCCUGUGUCGCAAGCUGUUAUUUGCGUUGCAUUUGCUAGCUACUUUGUUCAGCCAUUGUAUAAUAAUAGUGGCAAAUUGCCUUCGAGAUUUCUCAUUUCAUGUGUUGGUGUUGCAGCUGCUAUGGUGCUAGGAGUUGUGAAUGCUGUCAGUUCUAGAGCAGCUGUUCGAAUGAUUGUUGUACUUGCAUACUGCAAGAUUGUUGCUCUUAUUGGAAUUGUACUUAUGGCUGGGUACUGGGCUGUCAUGUAUGGACCAGAGAGUUUAUCGACUGGCUUUAAGGGAACAGUUAAAGAUCCACGAAUGAUUGGUCUUGCAUUUUAUGGGGCUUUGUGGGCUUUCGAUGGAUGGCAAAAUCUGAAUUUUGUUGCAGAGGAAAUACAUGAUCCACAGAGAAAUCUUCCAAGAGGAAUACUCAUGGGGCUUUUGAUUGUUAUUGUAUGCUAUUUGGCUGUCAACUUAUCUUAUUUUACUGUUUUGUCUAAAUCCGAGUUCUCAGACGCUGUUGCUAAUGUUGCUGGUGUGAAAGUUCUUGGAAAGACUGGGAAUUUUGUUGUUCCUUUGUGUGUAGCAUUAUCUACUCUUGGAGCUGCUUGUGGGUCAUGUAUGGUAUCAUCUAGAAUAUUGGUUGCUGCGGGGCGAGAAGGUCUUCUUCCUAAACUUGUUUCUAUACUGCACAAGGAAAAAUCUACUCCAAUCAUUGCCAUUGUUAUUCAUAUUAUUUUAAGCUGCAUCUUUAUCUCAGUUGGUACUUUAGAAUCUCUAGUGAAUGCAUUCUCUUUUAUUCAAUGGAUCAUUUGUGGAGCUGCGUUUAUGUCAGUUUAUGUUCUCAGGUGGAAAGAGCCAGAUUUAAACAGACCUUACAAGGUGUGUAUUUGGCUACCUGGUCUUAUGACGCUUGUGAGUGCGUACUUGGUUAUUGUACCCAUUCUACAACACCCAUCAUACUUUCUAAUUACUCUGCUGCUUGUGCCUGGAAUAGCAGUGUUUUUUGUAUUCUUCAAAGACCACAUGAAGUGUAAGAAACUAAGACAAUUAAAUGAUGCUAUGAUUGCAAAGUCAAUGAUUCUAUUCAACUCAAGUUGAUCAACAAAUGUACAGUAUAGUGAGAAGCUUAAUUUAUUGACAGUGUCUUACUGUAGCUUAUGGUAAUGCAAUAUUAAUAUUAUUGUUAUCAUUGAAUAUUUUUACAGUACAAAUUGAAAGAGUAUA